UGAGUUCAGACCAACGCUGGCAAUAAUACUCUCACAAUUCACAAACAAUGGCGUCCAUAUCUAUUCCUCUGGCGUAUAAAUCACAUUCCCUCAGUCGUUCCUCAAGUUAUCGUCUUCACUUCACUACUCCCCAACUUCACUCACCCAUCCAAAUCAAAUGUUCUGCUUCCAAGGAGGGUUCGGAUAAUGAGGAAAACUCAUGUCAAUUCAAGCAACUUAGGAAUGUUGCUUGUGGAUUCCUUGCUGUUUGGGCAGUGGCUAAUUCUGUUUCUCCCGUAAUUGCUGCUGGUCAGAGAUUGCCUCCAUUGUCAACCGACCCAGAUAGGUGUGCACGGGCCUUUGUUGGUAACACAAUAGGUCAAGCCAAUGGUGUUUAUGACAAACCACUUGAUCUGCGCUUUUGUGAUUACACAAAUGAGAAAAAUAACCUCAAGGGGAAGUCACUUGCAGCAGCACUCAUGUCUGGUGCAAAAUUUGAUGGUGCAGACAUGACUGAAGUGAUCAUGUCUAAGGCUUAUGCUGUUGGAGCUAGUUUUAAGG